AUGGCCUCCAUCGCUCGUCCAGGAGGCAAACGAUUACCUAUUAGCUGUCAGGCAUGUCGCACCAGAAAGAUUCGCUGCUCUCGUGAUGGACGACCGUGCCAGACCUGCGUCCGAAGAGGACUCGGUGCAGAAGACUGCAUUUAUUUAGGCCAGCCCCGACUGUCAUCCGAACAGACCGCGACCGCCGACACCAUGGUGCAUAACGAACUGCUCGCCCGGAUCCGCAAUCUGGAGGAACAGCUCCAUAAACAAGUCGGCUCAAAUUCGAAUUCCAACUCACAGGGCAUCAGCAGUAGCGCUGGCAGCAACAGCGAUCCUCUGUCACCGCAAACGACUCCGAGCGCGACCGGCAGCGCGUCCGAAUCGGACAGCGCCAUCGGGAUGGAGCCGCGAGGGCCAUUGCUGGGCAAUGUGGGCUCUCUCCAAACAUUUACAUCGGGCUAUGUUCGCUACUUGCCCUCAGCGUCGCAGUGGAAUUCGGUGGUCAAGAGUUCCACCGGAAGUGAUUGUCUACAGAAUAUCGAUGCCGAGAUCCCCGACGACGACGACGAUUUGCAAAUCCCCUUGGUUCGGAAUGGAAGUGUCUCGAGAGGAGAACUGCUGGCAAUUCUCCCUCCUGGUCGAUACUGUGAUACUCUCAAGGAUGUUUAUUUCCGUGUCUUUUCUCCGCUUUUCCAUAUUCUACACGACCUGACCUUCGAAGCCGAAUACCAGCAAUUCUGCCAUGACGCUGGCAGCGUGUCAUUGUCAUGGCUAGCGUUGCUAUUCACCAUCCUGGGCAUUGCCGUCACAGCCUUGGAUGACGAUGACCUUUUACUGUCCGACCUGGGCCGUGAGAAGACAGUCAGCCGGAACAUCAAGGUGCUCUCCUCGCGAUACCGAUCCGCGGCAAUGCGCUGUUUGGCUGCCGACGGUGUCACAUCGCGCCACUCUAUCAACUCCCUCCAAACACUUGUGCUCAUCUGCUAUGCACGAACCCACCGAGGGUUGCCGACCUGGACCUUGCUGGGCUUCUCACACCACGUGGCCAUCUCUAUGGGCUGCCACAUCGACCCCGAGCGAUUUGCGCUGGGUCCUAUCGAGCGGGAAGAGCGACGACGAGCAUGGGCUGGUCUCAUGAUGCUGUACACCAUCCAAAAUUCUUCCUUUGGCAGUCUCGACCAACGGCUUCUCGCCCAGGAUGUGAAGCUACCAGCCGAUAUCAACGACGUGGACCUGCUCACGGGCUCAGAACCCAGUACACGCCCCACCCAAAUGACCUAUCUUCUGUUGAAAUUCCGCCUCUACAAGAUCUCCGCGAUGAUCUGCGAGGCCAUCUUCAGCUUCCCUUACAGACCACGCCUGACCGUGCCGCAACUCGAGUCCGAGAUCCUCGCCGUCCAGGAACGAUGCGAUGCGCAAUACCAGUUUGACACGAGCCGCGGACCCUUGCCGACCCACCACCUUGCCAACCUGAACAUCCUCUACAGCUAUAUCCACCAGCUCUUCCUGCUCCUUCUCCGCCCCAGUCUCUGCCGUUAUCUUCAGGGCGAAAUCACACCCGAUACCUGCGCGGCCAGAGCUAAGUGUGUGGCAUCCGCCAAGGCAUCUCUGGUUAUCUAUCAGUCGCUCUACGAGUCGUCUCAGUUUGCACAAUACAAAUGGUACAAUGGCGGUCUAGGCAGUUUCCACGCAUUUCAUUCGGCAGUGGUCUUGUCUGUCGUUAUGAUGAAUCCCAGCAGCCAGUCAGAAUUCGUCGAAAUCAAGGAUAUUUUAUGGAAUUCCUUGGAUGUCUUUGCUGCGUUGUCCAACCGCAGCGCAUUCUGCAGCAAGGCAGUGCCAAUCUUACGACAGAUUAUGUACGUCACCCCCCUUCCCCCUUCCUAUACCCAAAUAAAGCGAGAGAAACUAACAGACAAAAGUGAUGUUGCUUGCUCCCGCCAGCAACAACAGCAGAUUUUCAACGCCGAAUCCGUCGUCACCCCUCCCACUACCUUCAUGGCCCCAACCCCAACGCAUCCUUCAAGCCCCGAAUAUGGUACUCCGAUCGAGAAUUUCUUCCCGCAACUUCACCCGCAGAACUGGGUGGGCCCUUCCUCUGUGCCCUGGGACGGGUUUGGAAUCCUCACAAUGGAUCAGUGUGGAUUUGGUCAGGUUCCGGGGUAA